AUGGUGGGUGCACAAAUGAAACCUGUUGCUUCUCUACUUCUGGUGUUGAACUUCUGCAUGUAUGUGAUUGUUCUAGGGAUUGCAGGAUGGGCCAUGAACCGAGCCAUCGACCAUGGGUUCCUCAUCGGUCCUGAUUUCAAUCUUCCGGCACAUUUCUCCCCAAUUUAUUUUCCAAUGGGAAACGCAGCGACAGGAUUCUUUGUGACAUUCGCGUUGCUGGCGGGAGUUGUUGGUGCAGCUUCCACAAUUUCAGGCCUUAGCCACAUCCGUUCUUGGACCGUGGGGAGCUUACCAGCUGCAGCCACAGCUGCAACUAUUGCAUGGACCCUCACCGUCCUAGCUAUGGGAUUCGCCUGGAAAGAGAUCGAGCUCCACGUGCGAAAUGCAAAACUGAGGACCAUGGAGGCAUUCUUGAUCAUACUCUCGGUCACGCAGCUUCUUUACAUCGCUGCGGUUCACGGUGUGAGGAGACCUUAA